UGGAAGCGGCGAAAUGUGAUAUUUAUCAUCUCACCAACGAUUUAAUAUUGUGAUAGCACCUACUCUUUCAAAAUGUCUACCGACGUGGAUUCUUUAUACACUAUGGUGUCGGAGAGCAGUUAUACUAAUUCUAUGAACUCGACUGAUGACGGAAACUGGUUGUUUCUUUUUACAGGGUCACUUUACUAUAUAGUUGCAAUCGUUGGACUUAUCGGCAAUGGUACAGUCAUUUAUGUUAUCCUGAGAUUUGCUAAGAUGAAAACUGUGACCAAUGUCUACAUCCUUAACUUAGCUCUGGCUGAUAACCUGUUUUUAAUCGCACUUAUAUUCUUAGCAACGGCAACGGUUCAUCCCAUCUGGAUUUUUGGCAAAGUUCUUUGCCAUCUCGUGUAUAGCAUCGAUGCAUUAAAUCUUUUUACAAGCAUAUUUUGUUUGACGCUUAUGGCGAUAGAUCGCUAUGUGGCUGUUUGUUACGCGGUCAAAGCUUCCUGUUACCGGAACAUGCGCGUCGCCACGAUAAUCAACGUCGGGGUUUGGCUACUUGCUCUUGCCGCAGCAUCACCGAUCAUCGUAUUCACUCGUUACGAUCCAGAACAGCUCUCGUGUAACCUACAAUUCGAUAAAGUCGUCGGUGCACACGCGGCCCUGGCAGUUGCCAAAGGUUUCUGCUUCUACACAUUUAUAACGGGAUUUUUAAUCCCUUUGGUGGUGAUAGCGGCAUGUUAUUCUAUGAUCAUCGUCAGGCUACACCAAAUGGGCACAAAGACUGGGAAAUGGGAAAAGUCGAGAAAAGUUAACCGUUUAGUACUCUGCGUUAUUAUUGUCUUUGUUGUAUUUUGGUCCCCUUUCUUUUUAUUCCGGUUCAUUGUAGCAUUUGACUUUGAGGUCAUGAGAACUAAUUAUUUAGUAAAUGAAAUCACAAUAUUGCUGAGCUAUAUGAAUAGUUGCGCAAACCCGUUCUUGUACGGCUUUCUGAGCGACAGUUUCAAGAAAAGCUUCAAGAAGGUGUGGCGCUGUGGCGACAGGAGAGGGUAUGAAUUGACAUCAACGGAUGCACGCCCUUGGAGAUUACGUAAUCCUUGCCUGGGAGAAAAAAAGGAGAGGAGCUCGGCAAGAAGACUGGGUAAACGAAACGAUGACGAUACAAUGUCAGGAGCGAGGUUAAAUGUCUAUCCCCUAACAGCAGUCACUUCGGCCGCGUCUGAAAUCACGAUGCACCAAAAGAAUGGAGCCAUGGGAGCCCCUUCAUAUGCCUGAAUCACAACCAGUCGUGCCAGUAUAUUCUCUGGAUAUGUAUUCGACAAUGAAUCCCCACCCCUUGAGUGUGCAUGCGUUAUUAGCCGACCAAAA